AUGGCCUAUUUCCACCAUAGAUGGAGCUUGACAAUAUUCUUGAUUGUUGCAACACUAGCACUCAUCGAUCGAGCAAUGGCCGGAGGAUAUGCCGCCCCUAGCGGCUUUAAGGCAACGCCUUGGAAACUCGCUCAUGCUACGUUCUAUGGCGACGAGACUGCUUCAGCUACAAUGGGGGGUGCAUGUGGAUAUGGAAACUUAUUCAAUUCAGGCUAUGGGACAGAUACAGCAGCAUUAAGCUCUACAUUAUAUAGCAAUGGAUAUGCAUGUGGACAAUGUUACCAAAUAAAAUGUACACAAUCAAAAUUUUGUUAUUCAACCAUUGCAACAGUAACUGCAACAAAUCUUUGUCCACCAAAUUGGUCACAAGACAGUAACGCUGGUGGUUGGUGUAAUCCACCUCGUACACAUUUUGACAUGGCUAAACCUGCUUUCAUGAAAAUCGCUCAAUGGAAGGCGGGCAUUGUCCCUGUUACAUAUCGUAGGGUACCUUGUGUUAAAAAAGGUGGAAUCAAGUUCAGUUUCCAAGGAAAUGGCUAUUGGUUAUUGGUAUAUGUGAUGAAUGUUGGUGGAGGUGGAGAUACUGCAAGUAUGUGGGUCAAGGGAACUAAAACAAAUUGGUUAAGUAUGAGCCACAAUUGGGGAGCUUCAUAUCAAGCAUUUGCAACACUAAGUGGCCAAGCACUUACAUUUAAGCUCACUUCUUACACAUCACGUGAAACAAUUAUAGCUGCUAAUGUUGCACCUUCUAAUUGGCAAGUAGGGAUGACUUACCAAGCCAAAGUCAACUUCAAAUGA